CAUAAUGGAUAGGGUAAUAUGAGUUGCAGAUAUACGAAAUCUUUUGAAGCUUUCUCAUUGGUUCUUCCCAAAUUUCAUAAUCUUAACCACACACCUGUCACACUUCACUCCCUACAGAUACCCCCACCCUCGCAACCUUCUCCAUCAUCUACAACAGGCAACAGCACCUGUACCUUCCUCUCUUGAACCAUCACUCAUCAGAAACCACAUCCAUCAAUGGCUGCAGCUGCUAGCUCUACCACCGUGGUCCGAGCCACCCCAUUCUUGGGUCAAACCAGACCAUCGCGUCUCAACUCUCUAAGAGAUGUUGUCUCCAUGCCCAGUGCCAAAUUCACCAUGGGAAACGACUUGUGGUACGGACCUGACCGAGUCAAGUACUUGGGACCCUUUUCCGCUCAGACCCCGUCGUACCUGACCGGCGAAUUCCCCGGUGACUACGGUUGGGACACCGCCGGCUUGUCCGCUGAUCCCGAGGCCUUCGCUAAGAACAGGGCUCUAGAGGUAAUCCAUGGGCGAUGGGCCAUGCUUGGUGCAUUCGGAUGUAUCACGCCGGAGGUUCUCCAAAAGUGGGUGAAAGUUGAUUUCAAGGAGCCAGUCUGGUUCAAGGCCGGAGCCCAGAUUUUCUCCGAAGGUGGUCUGGACUACUUAGGAAACCCGAACCUUGUCCAUGCUCAAAGCAUACUGGCGGUGCUCGGAUUCCAGGUGGUGUUGAUGGGUCUUGUUGAAGGGUUCCGCAUCAACGGUCUUGAAGGCGUUGGAGACGGUAACAACCUUUACCCCGGUGGCCAAUAUUUUGACCCGUUGGGGCUUGCAGAUGACCCGGUGACAUUUGCUGAGUUGAAGGUGAAGGAGAUUAAGAAUGGAAGGCUCGCAAUGUUCUCCAUGUUUGGGUUUUUUGUUCAAGCUAUUGUUACAGGGAAGGGGCCAUUGGAGAACCUAUUGGACCAUUUGGACAAUCCUGUGGCUAACAAUGCCUGGGUCUAUGCCACCAAGUUUGCGCCAGGGUCAUAGACUAUGUGACUUUUCCCUUGGUCUUGUAAUUGUGAGUUUGGGGAGAAACAUUUGUAGAUUAUAAAAAUUUAAUUAUAUUCCAGAUGGUGUACAUUUAUGAAAGAAAGAGUAUCUUCAUAUAAAUUAGGAAAAUCUUCGGUCAUUGUGAUUUUCAAAAAAAUCGAUUUUGGUUCAACUUUUUUGUAACUCGGUUUGUUAAGUCUAAUCAUGUGCAAAUCAGGAGAGGGAAGCAAUAUUCGAUGAGUAAGAUGAAAAUGAAGGGAUACAUGGCUACAUUAUGGUUAGCGACUCUUUGUAAAAUCUUCAUGCUCGAGCUUGCUAAUAGAGCAUUAUUACGUGAGAAGAAAAUCUCAACUGAACAUGUAGCCCAACGGAGCACCUAAUGAAGUCAAUAUGUCAAAUUAAUAUAAUCGGAGUUGUAGCACGGAAGGCGUCUCGUUUUAUAACAUAAUACACCGAUUUCCAUCCCAUGUUAUGCAUUUUGUAACCUAUCACAAACAUCUUCCAUCACAGAUUCGUAAAUCCU